CCCGGAAGUGCCGGGCGGCGGGCCGGGCCGGGCCGGCGGCCAUGGGCGACCUGGUGGGCGCCGAGGAGCUCGCGAAGCUCGAGUACCUGUCGCUGGUGUCCAAGGUGUGCACGGAGCUGGACAACCACCUCGGCAUCAACGACAAGGACCUGGCGGAAUUUGUGAUAAAUCUUGCUGAGAAAAACACUACAUUUGACACAUUUAAAGCUGUCCUUUUAAAGAAUGGCGCCGAGUUCACAGACUCCCUUGUUAGUAAUUUGUUACGCCUCAUACAGACGAUGCGUCCCCCAGCCAAGCCAUCUACAAGCAAAGAGGCAAUUAUUAAACCCAAAACAGAAAAGGAAAAGCUGAAGGAACUGUUCCCAGCUCUUUGCAGGCCAGAUAAUCCCAACAUCAGAGCUAUGCUGGAUGAGGAUGAUGUGAAAGUGGCAGCUGAUGCUCUUAAAGAACUUGAAGCUUUAAUGCCUAAUGCUGAUGUGCGGGAAAAACAAAGGAAUAGUGACCACAGGGCAAAGAGGAGGAGGAGAAGUCGCAGUCGCAGCAGGGAUAGGGACAGGAAGCGGAGGCACCGAUCACGUUCCAGGUCGCAUUCUAGGACUCGGGAUAAGAAUAAAGGGAAAUCUAGGUAUCGCUCACGGAGCAGGAGCCCAAGUCCCAGCAGGGACCGUAAGGACCGAGAGGACUAUUCUGUGAAGAGCAAAGAGAGAUGGAGAGACAAGCAUGUGGAUCGACCUCCACCUGAAGAGCCUUCCAUUGGAGAUAUUUACAAUGGCAAAGUCACGAGCAUAAUGCAGUUUGGGUGCUUUGUGCAGUUGGAAGGACUAAGGAAACGCUGGGAAGGCUUGGUCCAUAUUUCUGAGCUUCGCAGAGAGGGACGUGUUGCUAAUGUUGCUGAUGUUGUGAGCAAAGGGCAAAGAGUAAAGGUCAAAGUUUUGUCUUUUACCGGGUCCAAAACCAGCCUGAGUAUGAAGGAUGUUGAUCAAGAUACUGGGGAAGACUUAAAUCCAAACCGACGGAGAAACCUGGUUGGAGAGACCAAUGAAGAGACUUCCAUGAGGAACCCAGACAGACCCAGUCACCUCUCCUUGGUGAAUGCCCCUGAAGUGGAAGAUGAUACCCUUGAAAGGAAGCGCCUCACCCGGAUUUCAGACCCUGAAAAAUGGGAAAUCAAACAGAUGAUUGCUGCUAACGUGCUAUCCAAAGAAGAGUUUCCUGACUUUGAUGAGGAGACUGGGAUUCUCCCUAAAGUUGAUGAUGAGGAAGAUGAGGACCUUGAGAUUGAGCUGGUUGAGGAAGAGCCACCAUUCUUGCGAGGACAUACCAAACAAAGUAUGGAUAUGAGUCCCAUCAAAAUAGUGAAGAAUCCUGAUGGCUCCUUGUCCCAAGCUGCAAUGAUGCAGAGUGCAUUAGCCAAAGAAAGGCGAGAACUUAAACAAGCCCAAAGGGAAGCAGAGAUGGAUUCUAUCCCCAUGGGACUCAACACUCACUGGGUGGAUCCUCUUCCUGAUGUGGAUGGGAGACAAAUAGCUGCCAACAUGCGGGGUAUUGGGAUGAUGCCCAACGAUAUCCCAGAGUGGAAGAAACAUGCAUUUGGUGGCAACAAAGCUUCGUACGGUAAAAAGACCCAACUUUCCAUAAUUGAGCAGAGGGAGAGCCUCCCAAUCUUUAGACUUAAGGAGCAGCUAAUUCAGGCAGUUCAUGACAACCAGAUCCUGAUUGUUAUCGGAGAGACAGGCUCUGGGAAAACAACACAGAUCACUCAGUAUCUGGCUGAGGCAGGGUAUACGUCAAGAGGAAAAAUUGGAUGUACCCAGCCUCGCAGAGUGGCUGCGAUGUCUGUUGCCAAGAGAGUGUCAGAAGAAUUCGGUUGCUGUUUGGGACAAGAGGUUGGCUACACAAUUCGAUUUGAAGACUGCACCAGCCCUGAGACAGUCAUCAAAUACAUGACAGAUGGUAUGUUACUGCGGGAAUGUCUCAUUGAUCCUGACUUAACCCAGUAUGCCAUCAUCAUGCUGGAUGAGGCCCAUGAGAGGACUAUACACACUGAUGUGCUCUUUGGGCUGCUGAAAAAGACAGUGCAGAAACGGCAAGAUAUGAAACUUAUUGUAACGUCAGCAACAUUAGAUGCUGUGAAAUUCUCUCAGUAUUUCUAUGAAGCUCCAAUCUUCACGAUUCCUGGCAGAACAUAUCCAGUGGAAAUUCUGUACACAAAAGAACCAGAGACAGAUUAUUUGGAUGCCAGUCUGAUCACAGUCAUGCAGAUCCAUUUAACAGAGCCUCCAGGUGACAUCCUGGUGUUCCUUACUGGUCAGGAAGAGAUUGACACUGCAUGUGAGAUCCUCUAUGAGAGAAUGAAGUCACUAGGACCUGAUGUGCCAGAGUUAAUUAUCCUGCCAGUAUAUUCAGCUUUACCCAGUGAGAUGCAAACCAGAAUCUUUGACCCAGCUCCUCCAGGCAGUCGGAAGGUUGUCAUUGCUACCAACAUUGCUGAGACCUCUUUGACUAUUGAUGGAAUCUAUUAUGUGGUGGAUCCUGGGUUUGUGAAACAGAAAGUUUAUAAUUCGAAGACUGGGAUUGAUCAGCUGGUUGUUACACCAAUUUCCCAGGCCCAAGCAAAGCAACGAGCAGGAAGAGCUGGGAGAACAGGGCCAGGAAAAUGUUACAGACUUUACACAGAGCGUGCUUAUCGAGAUGAAAUGUUGACCACCAACGUGCCUGAAAUCCAGAGAACUAACUUGGCCAGUACAGUGCUCUCUCUCAAGGCUAUGGGGAUCAAUGAUCUGCUCUCCUUUGACUUUAUGGAUGCUCCCCCAAUGGAAACCUUAAUCACCGCCAUGGAACAACUAUAUACCUUGGGAGCUCUGGACGAUGAGGGACUACUCACUCGACUUGGGCGCAGAAUGGCAGAGUUUCCUUUGGAGCCAAUGUUGUGCAAGAUGUUGAUCAUGUCUGUACAUUUGGGCUGCAGCGAGGAAAUGUUAACUAUAGUCUCUAUGCUAUCUGUACAGAAUGUGUUCUACAGACCAAAGGACAAACAAGCGCUUGCUGACCAGAAGAAAGCGAAGUUUCAUCAGACAGAAGGUGACCAUCUCACUCUGCUGGCUGUUUACAACUCUUGGAAGAAUAAUAAGUUUUCGAACCCCUGGUGCUAUGAGAAUUUUAUCCAGGCUCGGUCCUUGCGCAGGGCACAGGAUAUCCGUAAACAAAUGCUGGGGAUCAUGGACAGACACAAGCUGGAUGUGGUAUCCUGUGGAAAGGCAACAGUUCGAGUCCAGAAAGCAAUCUGUAGCGGUUUCUUCCGAAAUGCAGCAAAGAAGGAUCCCCAGGAAGGCUACCGGACUCUCAUUGACCAGCAGGUGGUCUAUAUUCACCCAUCUAGUGCUCUCUUCAACCGACAACCGGAAUGGGUGGUGUAUCAUGAACUGGUGCUGACCACAAAAGAAUAUAUGCGUGAAGUGACCACCAUUGACCCACGCUGGCUGGUGGAAUUUGCACCAGCUUUCUUCAAGGUCUCCGAUCCCACUAAGCUGAGCAAACAGAAGAAGCAGCAGCGGCUGGAGCCCUUGUACAAUCGUUAUGAGGAGCCCAAUGCAUGGAGGAUCUCGCGUGCAUUCAGGCGUCGAUGAGCUUGCUUCUGGUAUGGGCUGCUGUUGGCAGAGUCCUUGUGACACCUGAGAGUCUGUCAGUGUUGAAAAUCUCCUCUUCAGGGCAUAUGCAGUUGAGCUCAUAGCUAGGUCAUGCUUUGUUUCAUUUCCUUUUCACGCUGCCAGUAUUUUCACUGAGGACAAAAGCUCUAGAUGUCACUGAUUCAUGUCAUCAGCCCCUCAGAUGAUACAGUUUCAUGGGCCAUUUCUGAUCUCCUAGCUCUCUCCACUGUAUUGUGUCCACUUCAGAAGUAACUCUACAGAACUUCAAUCUUCUCACUUCCAAGGAUUUGAAAACUGAAGGCUCUCAAAUCUGGGCACUAAGCAUCAAAGCUUAGAAAUGAGGUAAUGGUCUGAAGAGCAACUGUUCUCCUAUGAGACUGGAUGUUCAAAUGCAGGAAUUUCUUUGUUUUCUAGCUGAUCUGAAGAGGGAUUGAUAGUCAACUAAUGCUCUUGUCACUGCUCUGCAAGUAUUUUUGGUAGGCUUUACUACUCAUGCUCAGUCUCCUUAACUUGCACAUUUUCUUGUUCAUUGUAACUGUUUGUCCCUUAUUCAAAAUGAAAAACUGCCCCAGCCAUCUGUGAGGGGAUAUUUAGAAUCUGUGGCUUUGCACAAAUCUUUCAGGCGGAAGAGAUCCUCGGAAACCCAACCAAAGCAUCUGUUGUAGUUGGGCGAUGGUACAGGUCAGACUGCAAGUCUUAUCUUUCAUCACUGUCUCCUGUGCGCUGACGGCUAGUAUAUCAAAUGGUAAUUAACCACAUCUACUCUGCAGCACAGUUCAGUCUGUGAACCUAAAUGGUUACAGAUGUUACAGACAGACUUUUUCUAUAUAAAGUUUUGUGUGUUUUAUUUCUUCAGACAGUGUGAGGUGAUGUCAGAACUGCUCUUUUUUAUAUACAGUACUCCCCUAAGGCAAAAAAGUGGAUUUCAGCAAAGACAUGCUGGAAUCAGUUUUUAUUAAAAUUGAAUUGCCGAAUGACUGUCCAACAUGUGCUGUGUCAUGUUGAAACUGUAUAUAAACUUGUUUUUUCUUUUUGUUGUAAACAGGUUCUUAGUCAGACCUGCCUUGUCAGAGCUAAAAUGUGGUGACUUUGGCUCCAUGUCUGGAAAGAGCCAAACUUAUAAUAAUUUUUCCCCAAGUUGGGGUAUUUAUUAAGAUACUGUUGAAAUGAAUAGAGCAGGGGUGACUGAUUUGAUUUGUACUUAAUUCUGAUUCUCUAGGAAAACAUUUGCUCCCUGAAGAAUGGCUUCAUUUUUUAAAUCUGCUCAUGUACACAAGGAGGGCAGUGAGGGCUAGUGUGUAUAUACCGUUUUUUUUAAUAUGUUGUGUCUGUGGCAUACAGCCUGUAUAAAUAAAAUCACUAAAAAUAUA